UGCAUUUCUUUGCUCCAGUUUGGUUUAUUCCAUUAAGGACAGCUAAUCGACUGACGAGUCUUCCAGCAGACGAACAUAUGUUCGAUUACUCGACUCUACCUCGGUGUCAUGCGUUAACCCGUCAGCGUUUGAAGGCCAUGGGGCUGACGCAGGGCUCGUUCUUGUCGGACGGUGGAAGCAGCUGCGGUUAUCACGUGCAUGGGAUUCAAGAAGACUCACCAGCAUGGAAGGCAGGCCUGGAGCCUUUCUUUGACUUUAUUCUCUCCAUUGGACACACCAGACUAAAUAAAGAAAGCAGUUUGCUGAAGGAUCUAUUGAAGGCCAAUGUUGAGAAAGCUGUCAAACUCGAAGUGUACAACUCGAAAACUCAGCGGGUUAGGGAACUGGAGGUGACACCCAGCAAUAUGUGGGGCGGUCAAGGAUUGCUGGGUGCUAGCGUUCGAUUCUGCUGCUUUGAAGGAGCCAAUGAGAACGUCUGGCAUGUCUUGGACGUGGAACCAAAGUCUCCUGCAGCGCUGGCCGGCCUCAGAGCUCACUCUGACUUUAUUGUUGGCGCUGACCAAGUCCUGCAGGAUUCUGAGGAUUUCUUCUCCUUGAUUGAAGCCAACGAGGGAAGACCUUUAAAGCUGCUGGUUUAUGACACUCAGACUGACCGGUGCAGGGAGGCAGUGGUGACUCCUAAUGCAGAUUGGGGAGGAGAAGGAAGUUUAGGCUGUGGAAUCGGCUAUGGGUACUUACAUCGGAUCCCAACUCGUCAUGUUCCUCUGGAUCCACAGAAUGAAGGUUCUCUGCCUCAAGAGCUGACCACCAGCAGCGAAGAAGUCUCCUCAUUUGACCAUAAAGAGGAGGUGCGGUCUGAGUUUAGUGAAGUAGAUUUGACUCCAAACGAAGCAGCUGUGGACGAUCCCAAUGAAAUCUCACCCACUCAGCACCCUGCAGACGUUGACGCAGAUGAGGACCACAGCUCCAUGUGUGCCGAUUAUGGAGACGACACAGGUGAUCAGUGUAGCUUAGAUAAAUCAUCUUUGGACCAAAGUGCUCCAACUCCAGAAGAACCGUCUGCCUCCGGAGAGGCUGCAGAUCCUCCAAACUCAGGCCAAACGUUGCUGGAGAUUUCUGCAGGAGACUCCUAAACCUGUGUGGUCACUUUACCGUCACCGGAAGGACUCCGCCUCCCUGGGGCUGCAUGGUCAUUUGCACUUUUCAGAAAUGUAUUAUGGGAUAGUUAAAUUGCCAAACAAACUGAAGCUAAAGCAUUUUCCUGCUGAAAAUAGUUGUAGUUUGCACAAAAACAAAUGUGAAAAUAUGCAUCUUGCUGUAUGAAGCCAUGAGGAGGGAACUGUAGCUUUUGAAUGUAAGGUUUGUUUUUAUUCUCUCUAAGGUUCUUGUUGCUUUGACGUUAUUUCAUCUCAGGCUUUAACAGACAUGCCUUCCUGCCUUCUGGUCUGUUAGAAUUUAGAUUUAUGUAAAUGAUAGUCUCGCUGUUCUUUGGUUGUUUUCUGUUUUUAAUGGUUUUAACUGAAGCUAUGUUACAGAUUUCUAUGGAAGGAAGAAAAAAUAUAAAAGGAAAUACUCAACAUGUAUUCUGAGAA